AUGCCCGAGGAGAACAAGGACCACGAGAAGAAGGAUGACGAGGCCAGCACAGCCCCCCUGCCAGAACGGGUAUGCGUGGGCGGCGGCCCAGAGUACCAACUGGAUCGCAAGCUGGGUAAGGGUGGCUUCGGCCAGGUGUUUGUGGGGCGCCGCGUGCAGCCGACCAAGUCAAAGGACGGCCCAAACGCCAACCUGAUGGCGCUCAAGUUUGAGCACAGAACCAGCAAAGGCUGCAACUAUGGCCCCCCGUACGAGUGGAGUGUGUACCAGUGA